AUGUCACGAUCCCAAGCUCCCAACCCUGCGGGGUCCCGCAAGAUAUCCUUCAACGUCAGCGAGCAGUAUGAUAUUCAGGACGUUGUGGGUGAAGGUGCCUAUGGUGUUGUCUGCUCUGCGAUACACAAACCCUCUGGCCAGAAGGUGGCCAUCAAGAAGAUCACCCCCUUUGACCAUUCCAUGUUCUGCCUGCGGACCCUGCGUGAGAUGAAGCUCCUGCGUUACUUCAACCACGAGAAUAUCAUUAGCAUUCUCGAUAUUCAGAAGCCCAGGAGCUAUGAGACCUUCAACGAGGUCUAUCUGAUCCAGGAACUGAUGGAGACCGACAUGCACCGUGUCAUCCGCACCCAAGACCUUUCCGACGACCACUGCCAGUACUUCAUCUACCAGACCCUGCGGGCACUCAAGGCCAUGCAUUCCGCAAACGUCCUCCAUCGAGAUCUGAAGCCUUCCAACCUACUCCUCAACGCCAACUGUGAUCUGAAAGUGUGCGACUUUGGUCUGGCUCGUUCCGCUGCUUCUCAGGAGGACAACUCGGGCUUCAUGACCGAAUACGUUGCGACACGCUGGUACAGAGCCCCAGAAAUCAUGUUGACGUUCAAGGAGUACACCAAGGCUAUCGACGUGUGGUCUGUGGGUUGUAUCCUGGCCGAGAUGCUCAGCGGCAAGCCCCUGUUCCCGGGCAAGGACUAUCACCACCAGCUCACUCUCAUCUUGGAUGUCCUCGGCACCCCCACCAUGGAGGACUACUACGGCAUCAAGUCUCGCCGAGCUCGCGAGUACAUUCGGUCGCUGCCCUUCAAGAAGAAGGUGCCCUUCAAGACCCUGUUCCCCAAGACCUCCGAGCUGGCUCUGGACCUCCUCGAGAAGCUGCUGGCGUUCAAUCCCGUGAAGCGUAUCACGGUCGAGGAGGCUCUGAAGCACCCAUACCUCGAGCCCUACCACGACCCCGAUGAUGAGCCCACCGCUCCCCCAAUUCCCGAGGAGUUCUUCGACUUCGACAAGCACAAGGAUAACCUGAGCAAGGAGCAGCUGAAGCAGCUGAUCUAUCAGGAGAUCAUGCGGUAA